GCCUUAAACAAAAGGACUUGGAGUUGGGGAUUCUCAGGGUUCCUUAGCUCUAAAAGCAACCUUUCACCUACCUGUACCCGCGGGUAACCGAUUUCUGUGUUCCAUGGGCAUUAUAAAUGUUAUCUGAAGUGAAGGUACCUGUGUCAUGUUGAGUUCACUGGUUGUAAAGCCAUUCCGAAGGGCAUAGCCAUGGAUCGCCAAAGCGAGGAUGUUAACUACGAAGAGGAGUUUGUCGUGAAUCCCCGGGGCAACAAGCUGUUCGUUUGCAGCUGGACACCACAGCAGGAUCGCCAGCCAAAAGCUCUGAUCUUCAUCUGUCACGGAAUUGCAGCGGAGUGCAGCAUAUCGAUGAGGGACACGGCGGCUCGAUUGGUGCGGGCAGGAUAUGGCGUUUACGGGAUAGAUCACGAGGGACACGGCAGAUCAUCUGGGAGCAGGUGCUACGUGCCAAACUUCGGCAACAUCGUCGCGGAUUGCUCCAGUCAUUUCACAAGCAUCUGCGAGAAACCACAGAACAGAGGGAAGAGGAGGUUCCUGUACGGCAUCUCCAUGGGCGGAAGCGUGGCCCUUCUCCUCCACCGGAAGGCACCGGGCUACUGGGACGGCGCCAUCUUGCUCGCUCCGAUGUGCAAGAUCUCUGAUGACAUGAGGCCUCACCCGAUCGUGGUCAGCGCUCUGACGAUGGUUUGUGCUGUUGCGCCUGGUUGGAAGGUCAUACCCACACCUGAUAUCAUUGACAAAGUCUGCAAAGAUCCAGAGAUGAGAAAAGAGGUUCGUUCCAAUCCGUAUAUAUACAGAGGAAAGCUCCCCCUGAAAACUUGCCAUGAGCUCCUGAUGGUCAGCCUUGAUAUCGAGAAGAACUUGGAUCAGGUGACGAUGCCGUUCCUGGUCCUGCACGGCGGGGAUGACGUCGUGACCGACCCUUCAGUCAGCAAGCUGCUAUUCGAGAAGGCACCGAGCAAGGACAAAACCUUCAAGCUGUACCCCGGGAUGUGGCAUGCGCUGACAGCCGAACUCCCUGACGACGUUGAGCGUGUGUAUGCGGACAUUAUCACUUGGCUAGAGGAAAGAGCGGUCAUUUGUGCAGCUAGCGUUUCUAGUGCCACACCACGUGUCUGAACUCAGAAAGAUGUUAAAUAUGCCAUGGCAGAUACGUAUACGGUGUGGUAUUCAAACCCAUGUACGAGGGCAAGCAUGACAAUAUGUUAGAUUUAGAUUCAACGGUAUGUCGUAUUUAACAGUUAAGCCCUUCCACCACCACCUCGUAUAGCUUUAUAAAUAAAACUCAUAAUAAACCACAAUUGUAUCUA